AUGUCGAUGGCGGCCGUAAUAAGGAGCCGCCCCCUGUCCGUUCUCUUCUGCGUCGUCGUCCUCGCCUCGGUUGCAGCCGCGGCGCAGGCAUCCAAUAAUAACGUCACCUCCGACGAGGAGUACUGGGCGGCGCGCGCCGAGGCGGCCCGGUCGCGCAACCGCGCCGCCUACGUCAGCGACCCCGUGGCCGCCAUGAACCGCUUCAACGUGGACGUGCUGAGGGCGACGACGCGGCGCGCCCUGGCGAGGUACAACGGCCCGUGCAUGGCGACGAACCCCAUCGACCGGUGCUGGCGCUGCCGCGCCGACUGGGCGACGGACCGAAAGCGCCUGGCGCAGUGCGCGCGCGGGUUCGGGCACAAGACCGUCGGCGGCGCGGCCGGGAAGCUGUACGUGGUGAGGGACCCGAGCGACGACGAGAUGAUCAUCCCGCGGAAGGGCACGCUCCGGCACGCCGUGAUCCAGGACCGCCCGCUGUGGAUCGUGUUCGCGCGCGACAUGGUGAUCCGGCUGCGGCAGGAGCUGAUCGUGAGCAGCAACAAGACCAUCGACGGGCGCGGCGCGCAGGUGCACAUCGUGUACGCGCAGAUCACGCUGCAGAACGUGCACGACGUGAUCCUCCACAACCUCCACAUCCACGACGCCAAGGCGCACUCGGGCGGCAUGAUCCGCGACUCCAAGCGCCACUACGGCCUGCGCACGCGCAGCGACGGCGACGGCAUCUCCGUGCUCUCGUCCAGCAACGUGUGGAUCGACCACGUGUCCAUGUCGUCCUGCGCCGACGGGCUCAUCGACGUCGUGAACGGGUCCACGGCCAUCACCGUGUCCAACAGCCACUUCACGCGCCACGACCACGUGAUGCUGUUCGGCGCCAGCAACGACAACCCGCAGGACGAGGUGAUGCAGAUCACGGUGGCGUUCAACCACUUCGGCAGGGGGCUGGUGCAGCGGAUGCCGAGGUGCCGCUACGGCUUCUUCCACGUGGUGAACAACGACUACACGCACUGGAUCAUGUACGCCAUCGGCGGGAACAAGAACCCCACCAUCAUCAGCCAGGGGAACCGCUUCAUCGCCCCCGACGACCCCAACGCCAAGGAGGUGACCAAGCGGGAGUACACGCCGUACAAGGACUACAAGGAGUGGGUGUGGAAGUCGCAGGGCGACGUCAUGAUGAACGGCGCCUUCUUCAACGAGUCCGGCGGCCAGAACGAGCGCAAGUACGACAAGUUCGACUUCAUCCCGGCCAAGCACGGCCGCUACGUCGGCCAGCUCACGCGCUUCGCCGGACCACUCAAGUGCAUCGUCGGCCAGCCGUGCUAG